AUGAGAUCUAACGGGAGCUCUUUGGGGGCAUUUGUCUUACUGGGCUUCUCCGAUCAACCCAAAUUGGAACUAGUCCUUUUUGUGGUAGUUCUGAUCUUCUACAUCUUGACCUUGGUGGGCAAUGCCAUCAUCAUCCUGGUGUCCCGGCUGGACCCUCAGCUCCGGACUCCCAUGUACUUUUUUCUCACCAACCUCUCCUUCUUAGACAUCUGCUUCACCAGCAGUUCCGUCCCCCAGCUGUUAUUCAACCUAAGGGGCCCAGACAAAUCCAUCAGCUACCUGGGCUGCGCCAUCCAGCUCUUCAUGUUCUUGGGACUGGGUGGCACAGAGUGCAUCCUUCUAGGGGUCAUGGCUUAUGACCGCUUCACGGCCAUCUGUAAGCCCUUGCGCUACAAGGUGGCCAUGCAUCCGCACCUCUGCCUGCAGCUGGUGGUUGGGGCCUGGGCCAGCGGGAUCGCCAACUCGCUGGCCAUGUCGCCCGUGACCUUGAGCCUGCCCCGAUGUGGGAGAUACCAUGUGGACCACUUCCUCUGUGAGAUGCCAGCCAUGAUCAGGUUGGCUUGUGUGGACACCACUGUCGUAGAGAGUAUUGUUUUUGUACUGGCUGGUUGCUUCACUCUCCUGCCUCUCUCUCUUAUCCUGGUCUCCUAUGGUUACAUAGCACGAGCUGUGUUGAGGAUUAAGUCAACCAUGGGGCGGCAUAAGGCUCUGAACACCUGUGGGUCUCACCUCACUGUUGUGACCCUCUUCUAUGGGAACAUCAUCUACAUGUACAUGCAACCUGGUACCAGUUCCUCUCAGGACCAGGGAAAGUUCCUCACUCUCUUCUACAAUCUAUUAACACCAACCCUCAAUCCCCUCAUUUAUACUCUGAGGAACAAAGAGGUGAAGGGAGCCCUCAAGAGGUUGGUGAGAAGCAGCAUGGCCUAG